AUGAAUCGCUCCCUUCCAUCCUUGAUCCCCAUCGAUGUGGCUGCAUGUGAUGUUUCUGCAAUUUUGAACUCGCAACGCAUUCACCAUGCUUUCAUUGGAGGUUACGCAACCGGCCUCAUCAAAGGCCAAUCUCUCAUGGCGGAUCUGGAGGUUAUCGUGGACUGUGAUCCCCUCGAAGUGUGCAAAUUGCUUGUAAAAUUCUCUCGUUCCCGUAUAGUUCCAUACAUCGACAAUCACCUUUUCUACCGCUCAGCUGGCGUCAAGAUCACGAUCGACGUCCUACAAAGCGGUGGAGAUGAUCACACACCUCUCCCAGACAUACGCACCUCUCCACUAUGCUCAAUCCCUCCUACAGAUGCGCUCAGCCAUCUAAUGAGUGCAAUGCCAUUCCUCCACCCGUCUGUCUUGAUUCUGACAAAUGUCAGUCGAUGGUACAAAGCAAAACAGUUUAAUGGUCCCCUGAAAACACAAGCGGCCGCUAAAUAUUUCGAGAAUGUUAUCGUAAUUCUGAAGUGGUUGGAUGCCCGCCGCAUCUUGAUCAACUUUGCAGGCUUUCCACAAAUGUCGAAGGAUCAGCACAUCGCCACCCUCCGCGCACUGAAUGCAGAUUCGCAAGUCGUGGGGCCUUUGCUUAUUGCAACACUUAUACCGGAGGAUUACCGUCUAAUUCUCGGUAAUGAUGAGAUAUUUCUCGUUGAAUGA